UUUUCCGUCUUUUUGUGCCGUGCCGACUCUCUCUCUCUCUCUUUCGAAACAGUUGUCGUCUCUGACUCUCCUUGUACGCCGUAAUUAAACCAAACUGGUAAAUUUCCAGUUUCUUUUUAGGCCGCCGUUUCCAAAACAACUGAGGUGCUUGGUUGCAUUUUUCCCAAAUUAACAGCAAUGCCGGAGAUCGGAGAAACACUGCUGAAGAGGCACUACUCCGAGAACUGUCCUGGUUGUAAGGUUGACCAGUUCAAAGAUACCAAUCCUGCUAUUCCUCUCAAACUUUUCUUCUACGUAUCCCUCGUCGUUCUUUGUGCCGCUUUGCCAAUAUCCUCUCUUUUCCCGUUCCUCUAUUUCAUGGAACUAAAUUCAAGAAAGACGAACAAUGCUAAUGUACAUUAAGGACUCUUGGUAUUAGAGCUAAAGCACUGGGGAAUUAGUAAACUCAAGAAGAUUAGUAAUGCUAAUGUACACUCAGAACUCUAUAUCCACACUCGAGAGUAUCUAUCCUCUAUUUUUCCUGUUUUACUUCUUAUAGUGAUAGUGGAAUCAUGUUGUGGCACUAUAGAUUUAGGCAUCCAAACUUUAGUAAAGGAUUACCUUCAUUAUUCAAUAAAAGUUUUAAAAAUUUAUAGUGUGAUAUAUGUCAGUUUGUACAACAUGGCUGAGCACUUGCCAAAUUCAACCUUAUAAAGAGUCCGACUCAUUGUCCUUAAUCUGCAGUGCUGUAUGGAGACCAUCAAGUAUAAAAAAAAAUUACCACGGCUAGAUGACUUGUUUUGUUUGUAGAUAAUCAUACUAAAGUUACAUGGGUUUACCUGAUGAGAGAAAGUCUGACGUUGAGAAAAUAUUUCAAAAGUUCAACAAAAGAAUUCUAAAUCUAAUUUCACACAAAAAUUCAAAUUCUUAGAAUACAAAGGAAUACUUCAAACUAACUCUUGGAAGUUACCUAAAAAACUAAGAUAUUAUACGUCAGAGUUCAUUUGUUGAUACAACUCAACAAAUUGGUUAUCUGAAAGAAAGAAUCGUCAUAUCCUUGAGGUAGUCAGGUCACUUAUUUAUUCAACAAAUGUGCCAAACCACUUCUGAGGGGAAGUAAUUUCCUUCAUCAAUAGAAUGCCUUAAGUACUAAAAUUUACUACACGAAUUCAGAAAUUACUCACAACUUACCAACAUAGCAGGACCAUUUCAUUAAUCGCACUAAAACUCUUUGGAUUCAUUGCAUUUGUUCACAUUCACUUAUAACACUCUGGCAAAUUGAAUUUAAGAUCAGUAAAAUGCAUAUUUUUAGAGUA